AUGAGCGACGAUGAAGAUUCACUCUUCGGCUCGCCGCCUCCUUCUCCAGGUAGGUCACCGUCGCCAGGCCUCGCACUACCCGGAAGAAGCAUCUCGACGACGCAACAUGGAAGUGGAUCCUCCGUAUCCAUCGUGACAAAAAACGUGGGGACCAUUGCACUUCCUGGUUCCCAACCUAGUUCUGAAUUAUUCGUCAAUCCAUUAGCCCCUGUCUUGGCUUCCUACACUCCGGUGCCAGCUUCGACAUCGAUAACAACAUCGACCACACCCACGCCCGCGCAACCCACCGAUAAACCGGCCUCCCAGGGAAGGAAGAGUAAGGAGAAGGAACCGUUGGCGUCUGCACCUGCCAGUCGGCCCAGGAAGCGGAAAACGAGGACUGUCUCGAAAGAGACCACUCCACGCCCGGAAGUUCAGAUCCCCCUGCCGGAUCCCUCUGCUCCUCUUCCUCCCAAUUUCCUUCGAAGCCAGUCCGCAUUGCUCGGAGUCGCGGGGUUGGUUGGCGGAGUCAACCCAUCUCAACUCAAGCUACGGGGACAGACAUCCACUAAUCCAAUCGUUAUCGAAGAUGAAGCGGAGUCGUCCAGACAACGACCAAAGUCUCGACCCAAGCCCAGGGCCAAACCAAUACAAAUCACUACGCCUGUGCUGAAGGAAACUAUCAAUCCAUCGGAAAUCCCCAUACCGACGAAAAAGGAGAUUCUAGCGGUGCUGGUGAAGGAGAAGGAUAUCGUGCUUAUUCUGAAGGGGUUGAUGGAGCUUGGGACGGGUUCAGAUGCACACAUGUCGUCGACGUCUGCUUCAGGUCCUAGGUGGUCGGGUGCGCAGCUGCAGGACUUGUCGGAAAGGCUGAGGCAAGGGGGCUCGUAUGUCGUUGGGACACCUCCGACAACAGGAAACCCGACAAAGAAGCGGAAGCUCAGUCAUGUACCCGCUGGUGCCGCCGAUUGGGACGUCCCUUAUCCUUUCCAUCAAGGCGAAGGCCCGGAAGAGUACCAACGGAGAUGGAAGUCGGAGAGGGGAAAGCAAUUGAUUGUUCAGUUGGUCGAUUUGAUCAAAGUUGCUACGAGGAAAGCUGCCGUACAGAAAUACCUCAAGACUAAAGGGAUCCCAACUAAGAAGUCCGGGCAAUCCAACCAGACUAGCGACGAAGAGUACAGGAAGAAUGGUUACUACAAAUGCUUCGACGAUCCCAAGCACCUGACAGUAAACGUUGGGGCUGCUGCGCGAUUCGAGGACGAGCCAAGGAUCAACAAGUACUAUAAGCCCAUUACUGCGACAUAUGGCCUGAACAUUCAAGGGUCCGCUUCCGGUUCUGCGACGACGUCUCGACAAGGAACUCCGUCCUCUUCAUCUGUACCUUCCUCGGUCCCACCUUCCGCGGCUCCUGUCCCUCCAUCUACUGCAGCGUCCUCGCCGGCCCCUUCUUCGAAAGCGUCAACCCCAGUUCCCGAGCAUUCCUCUCAAGAAGCAGAGUCUUUGGAUCAGUUCCUCUCCUCCCUGUUCGCCAUGACCCAGACUUUCAACCCGACUCCUGCAUCAACCCAAUUGGCCGCCGAUGGUGGAAAUGCAGGGUCCACUGCGAAUACGGCCGAUGAUUCGCUGGAAAGCUGGAUGCGGAUAUUCCAACAGGAUACAAGUCAAAACCAACCGUCAACGAUGGACACGAUCUCCGAUCAACAGUCGUUCUACUCUCCUUCCUCGACUUCACCUCCGACUCCCAAUCUUGGGACUGGUCAAGGAAACUUUGGCAGCGAGUUGGAUGGAAUGCUGUUCUCUGCUUUCAGCAACGUGUCGCCUAUGGAAUCAUCAUCGUCGGGCGCCACUCUGACUCAGCCCAUUGGAGCCCCACCGGGGUUCAGUGAUAUACCUGUCGCUCCUGAUUUGUUUGGGAUGGAUUUCUCUCUGGACCAAUUUGUUGGCACCAGCAUUGGCGACGGUAGCAACUUGAAUGGGAAUCCGAUUGUCCCUUCUGCUUCACCUUCCCUCGCCCCUUCAACGUCAUCAACACUAGGCGACGGGACUUCAAUGCAUUGGGAUCCUAUUGCGGAUGUUUUCGGCAACGUUCAUGCUCAAAAGACGGAGCAUUUAGUUGGUACGGCGACUCAAGUUUCAGCUCACAGUGACGACUCCAGUGCUGUUUCUCUGGAAGAUUGGGAUCCUUUGGCCGGGUUGAUGGUGAAUGGGCAGGGUGCUGGCGAGACGACCGCUGCGGUGGAGACGACUACAGCUAGCACCUCAGCCCUUUUGCAAGAGACGGAACCUGUGGCGCCUCCUUCCUCGCAUUCCCCCAGCCUGUCUCCAUCAGCACCACCACCGCCGAAAGCAGCGCCAACCUGCAGCGCCACGAGUUCGGAAACUUCAAAAGCGACAAAGUCGAAUAUACCAGCGCAAAAGGAGGAGGUAGUAAGGAGAGUGAAGGAGAGAAAGGCGCAAUUGGAAGCAGAGCUGAAGAAAGUCAAAUUGCAGUUAUGGGAAACGACGAUUGAGCAGGGGGCUUUGAAUCAUGUCUUGCAGCAUUACCAAGAGAAAGAUCAGGCGAAUGAGCCUUCAUAUGUUUUAGCACCUAUAGUUAAUACACCCUCAUCCUAA